CGUGAAUGUCACACUUUCUUGUGCAAUAGUUCGUUCAUUGUCGUCCACUAAGUAACGAAGAGCAGAAUUGCCGAAAGUCAAAGCGUGCAAAUAAAUCGGUGCCACCAUCGUACACGUUAUAGUGAUUCGUUCCCGUUCAAGACACAAUGUUGUAUCGGUACUGGAAUUGUGCAUCUCGACUGCGUCGGUAAUUGUGAACUCAAGUACCACUACUGCUCGGUGAGCAGAAGCUCGUCUGUGACUAGUCUGACAUCCUCUCCAAAAUCAUUUGUUUUCGUCCGCAGGACCUCACUUGCUGUUCUCUACACUAUGCGCGUACCCCGCGUCUGUGUAAAGUGUACCACAGCUGCACUGAUCUACCACCCCACGCAGUACUUCUACCCCUUUCUGAUGUCGCGACGUUUUCAGGUUUCACAUUUCCGCUUUACGUAAUAUUUGGAAGCAGUAUGUCGUGUCCCGACGAUUAUAACCUCAACAUGACGAAAAACUUCCAUCGGACAUAACAUACCCGAGGAACAAGUAAAAUUCGCCGGACCGACAAAUAUAGUCACUGGAUCAGGUACAAUGUCGCUGGGCACGCCGCAUCUGAUGAGCCCCACGGGGCUGUACUCGCAAGUAGAGCUUUCCUCCACGCAGGGGCGCUUAACGAGACAGCGGGUAUCCGUGCAGCCGCUCCCGUCCCGAAUAUCGAAGCAUCGAGCUCCUGCUGGCUUGAUAGUCCCGGACAUAGACCCGGAUGAGCCGCACCCGCAGCCCGGGGUGAUCCACUUCACGCAAGAAUUGCUGGUCUCGGACUUUGAUAAACUUCUGCAGGACUUCGACGAGGCCCUGGCGCAAUACAUCGCGGAACAUCGACGGGAGGUACCGGAGUCCGGGAAGACGAAGAAGCUCGACCUGGUGCUGGAGUACACGAAUUUCGUGCGCGUCCUGAUCGAGGAAUUUCUCCGAUACCGCCCGCCGCCGGUGUUUGAGCGGGUGUUCGCCGGCGACUGCCACCGGCUGGCGCACAUCGUCGCGCUGUUAGACAACGUGGCGUUCGCCAGUAGGCGCAGCGUGCUGACCGACUACCGGUGGAAGCAGUGCCGCGCCACGGUCGAGCUGGUAUGCGAGAUUGUGCGCAAGAUGCAGUGCGGCGAGCAAUUGGAAAAGGCGAUUUUUGCGGAAAACAAGUUCGUCCGGGGGGUUCUGCUUCGGUACACGAUCAACGAGCACUGCGCCGGCAGGAACGUGGCGUUCAUGGCCCCGGACCAGAACAUGCUGCGCAGCGUCAAGGGGUCGCAGCACUGGGAGGACGACCUGAAGGGCAUGCCGAAGGCCAGCACGCAGCUGCACGAGCAGACGCGGAUCGGCCUGAAGGACAUGCGGGAAAUGCUGCGGCGCAUGCUCGAUGAGAACCGGACUGCCGCGCCCCUGGACGCGCGGGACAUCCGCCCCUUUCCGGCGCUCCCCGCCCCGCAGCAACUGAUCACCGACCCGCGUUUUUGGGUCUCCCAGGCACUGGACGCGCCGCAGUUGCCGACCCGGCCCGGCUGCUUCGAGUGGUGGCACCCGGAGAUCACGUUUCCGAAGCCGCAGUUCACCAUGGCCCACGUGCUCGGCCUGUAUGUUUCCGAAGAGGAGAAGACGCGGCGCGCGGAGCGCGCGCGCAUGAAGGGCAAGCCAAAGCACUGGAAGUUGCCGGGCGAGCGAGCGCCGCGGCAGGGCACCGACGACAUGGGGUCGGAGGCCGAGUACGAGGGGUUCCGGGGCCGCUACGUCCGGCGCCGCGGCGACGACGCCAUGGAGCUCCCCGAGGAUCCGAAGGAGUGGAACAAAAGGAAGAAGAAAAAGCUGGGCCCGUUUCGCAGGAUCCCGAUGUUCGAAAGCAACCGGAAACUGCGGUACGAGGGCAAGGCGGACGUCCAUUACACGGACUACAACCACAUCGGUUGGAGCAACGACCUGGAGGCGCCGAGCGACGUGGAGCAGAUCGACGCGCAGGAUCACGGUGGUAAGAUCACGGCCUACAUCCGCGGCCAGCACCUCUCGAUCUCGGACUUCCACGCGACCACUUCGAACCUGAUGAAGGCCCGUCUGGAGGCGUGCAAGAACAUGCGGCAACUGGACCAGAUCCCGCCGCCCUCGCAGGCGGCCACGCCCGGUGACUGGGUGUACUACCAGAUCAAGCGGCUGCAGUUGAACGACGAGACAUUGACCCGGUUGGUUCUGGACGGCAUCUCCCUCCCCCUCGCGUCGCAGGCCUCCAUUCUCCCGGACAUGAUCGCGGCGCUGCAUCGGAACACCAGCUUGGAGCUCUUGUCGCUGGGCGGGUGCGAGCUCCCGACGCUGUUCGGCCGAGCCUUCGGGAACGUGUUGAAGGACAACAAGUGCUUGCGGGAAGUGAACUUGGAGGCCAACCAGUUCGACCACAUCGCGUGCAUGGCCAUCGCCGAGGGGCUCCGGACCAACGAGCACAUCGAGCGCCUGUCCCUCAGUGAAAACCCGGGGGCGGUGGGGCGAUACAAAGCGGUCGAAACCGCGUUCAUGAACGCUUUAGUGGAGAAUCGCUCGUUGUCCCACCUGGGGUUGACGGUCACCGACCCAACCAUGCGGCGGAAGAUCGAUGACGCGUUGGAGCACAACUCGCACCGGCUGCGGCACCCGCUGUCCGACCCGGACAAGAGCAGUUCGGACGACAGCGACAAACCGAAGAAGAAGUACGACCGCGAGAUGGCGAAACACCCGGCCUGGACGGCGGGCAGGAAGCAGGGCUCCACGACAGACCGCAAGACUUCGUCGAAGAAGAGCGACGCCUACGCGAACGGCAAGAACCCCGCCUGGGCAGCCAACAAAAAGAAAUUACUUGAGUACUCCCAAAGUCGCAGCAGGGGAUCCUCCCAGCAACAAUCGUCCCAGCAACAAUCCUCCCAGCAACAAUCCUCUCGGCAGCAGAGCAGCGACAUAAGCGACUCCGACGAGUCUGAGGAUUCCAGGAGAGACAAAUCCAC